AUGACGGCCCCUCGAGCCUCUGAAGAUAUUGCAGACCGCACCACAACCGGACUAUCCGGGAAGAAGGCCAGACUCCAGGUAUGUCGCCCUGGAUCCAAGUCAAGACUCAAUACUGGAGCUGAUCUGAUCUGUCUUGUCUACACAGCAGCCCUCAAGGAACUGCCCUCCAAAGAUGAUCUCCGGGACAAUUACGGGCCUCUCUCGGUUGCUUUCCUCGCCAACCUAGACAAGUCGUUUGGCUUCACCCUGGCCCAUCACGGCGCUGCCUAUCUCACCCAGCACCAUCUGGAUCGCAAAAUCGACCGCGUAUUCAGGCAAAUCGUCUAUUCAAUCCGCACGACUUCGUCUUACCCAGACCACCUCGGCGACCAACUAGAAGACCUGGUCUGCAGGAAAUGUGAGUCCCCUCCGAAAACACGCGUGCGCCCUGGUUCAGGAACCGGCAACUCACCCUUGGCCUCUCUAAUCUGCCCAGACAAGCUCACCCAUUACCAACGGGGCAUUCUGCAGCUCGACACGCCUACCAAAGCUGCCGUCGGCGAGCUCAACACCUUCGCAGACGAAAGAGUCGGCGCAGACCAAGCGCGCUACUUGUCCCGGGACCCCAAGGACUACGCCAUCGUGGGCACCAUCAGCAAGCUCGACCUGAUGGUGGGACAAGUGGCCACGCCUCCCAUCGGGGAGAAGAUUUUUAAACCGCUGCUGAAGAGCCUCCAUCGCUCUCCUGGCAUGGACAUCCGCGACUACCCGAGCUGGCCGUUUCGCAUACUCUCGCGAACCAUUGUCACUUGCCUCCUGGCGGCGUUGUUCUGCGUCCCCGUCGUCAUCCAGGCCUCUGGCCUUGUGUCAAGGGGCGGCGCUAUUGCGGCGUUUGCCGUCGCCGUCACCGUGGGAUGCUUCAUCGUAAACGUCAUUUUUCAGGACGUCAAGGCCAACACUAUGCUGACGCUGGCCCUUGCGGCUCUUCUUAGCAAUUGUCUCAAGAGCGACUAG